CGGGCCCCGCCGGGAGAGGGGGAGACUCGGCAAAGUCCGGAAGCGCUCGGCAAAGUCCGGCCGCGGCUUUAAAGGAGCUGAGCGAUCCCCGGCUCGCCCUACGCCGCCGUUCGGUUGGCUGCGAGCGCGAGGAGCCUACGGGUGCCGGCGCCGCCGCCUAGUCCGCCCGUCGGUGCAGCCGCGGCGGGGGCCGCGAUGUUGGCCGACAGCCUGGUGGAGGAGUUCGAGAUCCGCGAUGAUGAGCCCUGGUACGAUCAGCAGGACCUGCAGCAAGACCUGCAUCUUGCUGCUGAACUUGGGAAGACAUUAUUGGAUCGUAACACAGAACUGGAAGAAUCUUUGCAGCACAUGUAUGCAACCAAUCAAGAGCAACUACAAGAGAUAGAGUACCUUACAAAGCAAGUGGAGCUCUUACGUCAAAUGAAUGAUCAGCAUGCAAAGGUUUAUGAACAGCUGGAUGUUACAGCAAGAGAACUGGAAGAUGCUAAUCAAAAACUAGUUGCGGAUAGUAGAGUGUCACAACAAAAGAUAUUAAGCCUGACAGAGACUAUUGAAAGUCUGCAAACCCAUAUAGAUGACCUUCAGAGACAAGUGGAGGAAUUGAAGAAAUCUGGACGAGGCCGUAUGAACCAUGAGAGAUCUGAGCAGCCACGAUCAGUGCACAGCUUCUCAUGUUUGAAGGAGCUGUAUGACCUUCGCAAGUAUUUUGUUUAUGAUCAUAUUUUUGCAGAAAAAAUUACUUCAAUGGAUAGUCAGCUGAGUCCCAUAGAAGAAGAAAACGAGAACUUAAAAAAGGCUUUGACUGUAUUACAAGCCCAACUUAACCUGGAAAAAGAGAAAAGAGUGACAAUGGAAGAGGAAUAUCAACUUAUGGUAAAGGAGAACUGUGACCUUGAACAGAGGCUGGUUGAUAAAGACUUAUACCGGGCUCGGGCAGAAGAGCUUGAAUUAGAAGUUGCUGAAAUGCGGCAGAUGUUUCAGUCUGAAAACACAUUUGUCAACAGCAUGGAGAAUCUAGUUCCAGAAUCAUUUUUUAUUUCAUUUAAAGAGUCUAUAGAAAGGGAAAUUAGUCAAAGUCCUUCAGAGGAUGCAUCCUUGACUGUCCCCCAGCUUGAUAAAAAGGCCCUAAAAAGAAGUAGCAGUGAGACCUUCCUAAGCAGUGCUGCAGGAGGAGACCUUCUAAAGGGCCAUGAAGAAACCUGUAUUAGAAGAGCUGAAGCUGUGAAGCAGCGAGGCAUCUCCUUGCUUAAUGAAGUGGAUGCUCAGUAUAAUGCUCUAAAGGUUAAGUAUGAGGAACUUCUGAAGAAGUGUCACAUGGACGAAGAUUCUUUGAAACAUAAGGCUGUACAAACAUCAAAACAGUAUUCCAAAGACUCUAGUGUGGGGAACAUCCAGUCUGACCCUUCAGCUACUGAACAAGAGUAUGGAAAUGUUGAACUAACUGGCUCACUCAUAAAUACUAUACCUGAAUAUAAAGCUCUCUUUAAGGAAAUUUUUAGUUGUAUCAGAAAAACAAAGCAAGAAAUAGAUGAACAUAGAACAAAAUAUAAGCGUUUCUCUUCUCAGCCCUAACACUGGUUCGCAUUAACUAUGCUGAUGACCAGUUUUCCCACUGAAAAGUUCUGUAUUAGUCCAGAAGGGAAACAUUAAGGGUCCCUCUGGUGUUUGUACGUAUCUUGCUGUCACAUGUGUACUCCCUUCAACUUGAAUGUAUGUUCACUUUACUUGUAAAUAUGUAUGAUAUGAUCAACCCAUUAGUCAGUUGUAUUCUCUGUGCACGCAAUGACUCCUACCACACAGUAAAAGUUAUUGUUCAGUGGUAGUUGUUGGCAGUCUUAAAAGUAGAAAAUUUGGCUUAAUUUUUGCAUACUAUGUUUGUCCUCUCCACAGCAGCAAUUGACAAUCUAGCUCACUAUGCCCAGUGUGCUACAGAAGCUGUAGACCUAAGGAGAAAUGAUUGUAUUAUACUUUUUCCACUGUGGGAAAUUUGGAGUAAAUUUUUUUCCUUACUCACAAACCAAAAAGGUUUUGUUCAGUCUUAGCCUUGUGGCUAUUUUUGUGUACUAAAAUCCACCUGUGGGAAACCUCUUCUUCUUCAGACUGAAAUUAGUAGUCAGUCUAAAUGGAUGGGCCCUGGCAAAGAUGAGUGGAAACUGGCACAGCAGCCUUUAUUAGGCUUAAUUUAAGCCAGCACCAGAUUUUCAUAUGCACUAAACUCUUUCCGCUUUGCAUAAACAUCUUUAUAUUAAAAAUGGAUUAGGUGUAAAGGUAUGAAUAUUUGAGAUAGUUCAAUGUUUAGGGCACUCUGUUUUAAAGCAAGAUACUGUGAACUAUGUAUAUUGUCAUUGAUCUACUGUUCCUUAGUGGUACUCCUAAACGUGCAUUUUUGUUAUGUGAUAAGAUGGAACAUUACAAGUUUUGGUAGCUUUGCCAUGGAGAAAUGGCUUUCUUUAGUCUAUAAAGCCCCCUACUCCAAGUGUUUUAAAGAAGACCGGACAAGACCACCACCGUCUGAUAAACUUAAUCACUUUACACCCUCUGAGUUCAAGUUUGUGUAAACCUAUUUAGCAUCAGCAGUAAAAACAAAAUAAAAACCACCCCAAAACACCUCUUUAAGAACCAGAUUACAACAUGUAAGAGAUGGGGCUAAGAUAUAAUUAAACCCUCUUUGCUCCUUCCUCUUCUUUCCAUCCCUCCUUCCCAAUAAAAUAAAGAUUGCAGGACCAACUUCAGCUAAUGAAAAUGCAGAAUAUAGAGGACCACUGCACCAAAUGGGAGGAAGAAAGGCAGGAGACUGAUAAAGGCUGAGAACCCAAGAAGAAAUGAAAGCCAGAUAACCAGCACUAAAAAGUGAUCUGAUAACUUUACAAGAGUAGCAAUGCAGCUUAACUCUUUAAAGUGUUGAUUGUUCAGUGUUUGCUAUGGAUAAACAUCUGUCUACUUGAGUUGCCUAGAUAAAUCAAACUGUUGGCACAUGAUGAUAAAAGAAACUUUACAGUUGUAGUUAAGUUGCUGCUGCUAUUAUAAAUUCUUGUCUGCCUCAUGUACAAUGUAAGUUAGUUUCUAGUUAUUUUAUACUUGUCCUUCAGUAAGACAGAAUUCAGUUGUACAGGUUAGACACACUGUAAGCAGUUGUGUACUAAAAUAAAUAUUUAAACAAAGAAUUCUAAAUUAUGAACACUGAAAGGCAAAUAAAUCCCUGCAGCUAAAGUUACUGGGUGUGUGCUCCUAAUUUUGUCCAGAUGUGUGAAACUACCACUAAUGCAAAGAAGGAGUUGUUAAAGUAAGCGUGGAUGGCAUCUUCAUUUAUAUAUAGAUUCACUUCCCACUCCCAGCAGGCAUUUCACAGACUUGCUGGCCUAUACCACCCUUGCUUAGAUUUAAAAACUAAUUAGGGAAAUAAAUUUAAGACUUAAGUGGGGAGGACGGGGCAGACUAACCUCUCCUUUUCUUCUUCCCUGUUCCAGUCCCCUGUAGGUGAGAGAGUUGCUUCCCUGUACCUGUUUGUCUGGCACCAGCUCCCUUUAUAACUUGUAUGUUGCUUGGCUUCCCUGUACCCUUAGGAAUGGUUGUCUCUCUGCUCAUAAUGUAGCAAGAGUAUCUAGUGCAGGCAGCAAUGUUGGCACCUUGUUCCCCACUUUCAGUCUGGAGGACUCUAGAAGCAGAUGGACCCUGCUGCCACAAGUGGUUCACCACUUAUUUGUGUUACUGUAGUGCCUGGGAAUAGGAACCCUACUCAGAUCAGGCCUCUACUGAGCUAGGUGUAUAUAAAUGGAACAAAGAAAAGCCCUAGCCCAAAGAGUUCAUAGCCUAGAUUUUAGGCUAUGUCUAUACUACUGUGGUAAGUCGACCUAUGCUACACAACUCCAGCUA